AUGAAACAUUUACGAACUUUUCAUGCUCAAAGUGCUGUAAACGCUUAUGAACAGAAUACAGAUGGUUCUUCAGCUACGACUUCAACUAGGCCAUCACUUGAUAGAGACUUUACGUUUACUUCAUCAAGAAAGUCUUAUGAAGGAUUAUUGAUAGGAUCUGGUUUAAAGGAUAAAAGCCCAUCAGAUGCAGCACUUGAGGAACUUGAAAAAAUGAAAACAGAGGAACGCGUCGUGUUGAACGUGGGUGGAGCGAAGUUCGAAACUUAUCGUUCGACACUUACUGCUUACCCAGAUACUCUAUUAGGACAACUUUUUUUAAAUGAAUCAAAAAUUAAGGAAGGAAAAGAAUUCUUCUUUGAUAGAGAUUCAAAUAUUUUCAAGUAUGUCAUGCAAUUCUAUCGCCAUGGAAGAAUUACUUGGCCAACUAGUUCAUUGGAACCAACGAUGAGUGAUAUAAAACGUGAACUUGAUUUCUUCAAAAUCCAACCCAGCAAAGGUCGUGCGAACUUGCUUGAUAUGGCUGGUUUCAAAGUUGAUAGUUUUGUUGACAUGCUUGCUGAAGCUAUCCUUGAAGCUCGUAUUAAUUUCAAAGCAAGGAUUGAUUUCAAGUUCUAUUCAUCAGGUCGUUUCCCAGCCGAAGUUGAUCCAAAAUUACCAUCAAUUACUCAUCUAAUACCUCAAUUUGAUCAUGUGGGAUAUUCUAUUUUGAAUUUCCGCCGUUCGCAAGUUGCCAAAAUCUUGGCAAAUAAUCAGAAUUUAAAUACAGGAGGUCUUAAAGUAGAAAUAAAUCAUUUUCAGUCUCCUCAAGUUUAUUAUAAAAUUUCUUUGAACACUUAUCAUAGUAUUACGGUUGAUGCUGUUAGAAACUCUACAUUAACUUUUCCUAAAAGAGCUGACAGGAAUGUGAGGCGCGAAAAUGAAUCUCAAGAGAGGGAUCUAGAAAAUGAAAAUGACCAUCAAGUCGAGGCUCAAGAAGAUAUAAAAAGUACAGAAAACGCAAGUCAAUCAUCAUAA